UCCGAUCCCAUUUGUUGAUUCUCAAUCUCUCCCUGCUACCCCCCGUUACACAACAAAUCCCUUUCAUUUUUUGUUGUUUCGGAAGAAGCCCGUUGGUCCCUUCAAAUCUCUGCGUCUCUCUCGAAAAUCAAUAUCUCUGUGUGAUUUCUCACAAACAGUUGGCGUUCCCGGCCGAGUGAAGACGAAUCCUUUCGUAAUAUUAUCUUGGCGCAGUGGAGUACUAGUAGUGUGUGUGUGUGCAAAGAGAUGUCCGAGUUUUUUCAACAAACUUUUUGUAUCGAUUACAAUGGAUGGGUUACGGGAGUCUCAAAAGCGCCGCCACCGAAACAAAUUGAUUUUGACUCUCAAACGAUACCUCAAUUGAUCUACACAAAAUCUGAAAUGGAUCGUGUCGCUGCAGUAUUUGACUCUGAAAAACUAUCAUUGACAUUUUCGAAAAUAGUCAGCGAAAUGGAAUCAUUGGCCGCCGGUUUUUUAUCGAUUGGUUUGAAGCAGGGAGAUCGAGUUCUUGUGGCUGGGAGUAAUCACUCACAGGUAAUGCUGUGUGCCCUAGCUUGUUCUCGUGCUGGACUUGUAUUUUCUCUUGCAAAUCCCAAUUAUCCAAACAGUUACUCUUUGAAACGAGCUCUGGAGUUGGGAGAAUUCCAAUGUAUUGUUUGCUUCCGAGCACAUCAAUAUGAGGCGGAUCACUUGAACAAUUUGUUGCUCGAAAUUGCACCAGAAUUGAUGAGAAGCCGGAAGGGACAGCUGAAAAGUGAACUUUUGCCGAAAUUGACACAUGUUAUUUUGGCGGAAGAGGAUCACAAACAUGCCGGAACCUUCACAUUAUCGGAAGUAUUCCUCAAAUCCUCAAAGGAAAAAAUCGCGAAGCUUCCCGAUUUCAGUAAAUGGUCAAGCCACAAGCUAGCAUGCCUCCAGUUUACGCUGGGAACCACUGGAGCACCCAAGUUGAUUGCCUUAUCACAUUAUCAAAUGCUCAAUGGAGCUAGAGCAGUUGCAGCGGCGUUUGGAAUUAAUGAUAAGCACGUGUUGGCCUGCGCUCUUCCGAUCUUCCGAAUUGCGAUCUUCAAUCUGAUCUGCCUGUCCCCGUUCCUCACCGAAUGCCGUAUAAUCUUCCCAGACGCGACUCCACUGCCAAAAAAUUUAUUCUCAAGUGUCAGUAAAUACAGAUGCACAACUCUUUUAUCAAAUGGAGCUGCUCUUCGGCUCUUGCUCAAAAUCAGUCAGACCCAGAGGGUGAAGCUCUCCGCGUUGGAGAAUAUUUUAUUGAUUGGUGAUCGUGUCUCGAAAGAGGUGUUGAAGCUUAUCAAGGUGCAAGCGGAGAACGUGAAAAUUAUUGCGGUUGGGUACCUACUCACCGAGACCGGAUCCAUCCCACUUAUGGGAGAUCAAAAUUCAGAUUUCACUCGAAACGUGGGAAAAGCCAUUGCCGGCUAUGAAGCCCAUCUGAUUCCACUGGACGGAAGUGAAAAUCAAGUAGAAACCGGAAAAUUGGGAAAACUGUUGAUUCGAGUCUACUAUGGAUCGACGUUCAUGGGAUAUGCACCUGAUACGAAAGGAAAAGAGAAAUGGGUCGAUACUGGAGACAUCGGUCGAAUGGACGAAAACGGAGCGAUCGAGGUGGUGGCAAGCGAGGAUGAUCUGAUAUAUGACAAGAAUAAUUGUCUAGUCGAACACUGGAAUUUGGAACGUCUCCUGAAUCAGAAUGAUUUGAUAAAAGGGGUUCAAGUGGUGUCACGUGGUAGAGGACAACCGGUCACGGCAGUUUGUGUCGCCAGAAGUACACAAUUUCAUGCGGCAAAGCUGAAGGAUGAGCUGAAGAGCAUGUGUCGUUCACAUCAUUUUGUCGCUCCCGACGUGUUCGCCUUUGUCGAUGAUUUCCCGAGAGUGCACACGAAAAUUCAAAAAUUCCGGAUUCGCGCCAUGCUGGAGAGCGGACAAAUCUCUGUUUUUUAAUUUUAAGAUGUUUUUUCUGUGUAUUGUCUGUAAAAUGGAGUUUCGAUAAAUAUUAAAAGUCUG